AUGUCUUGGCUCGGUGUUCAACCCCUCAAGAAGUUCAACGCUCCCUUCUUGAAGCCUUACUGGCCCUUCUUCGCUGCCGCGCCGUACCCGACUUCGAUUGGUCUUUUGAUGAGUUUCGGACAGCAAUUGAUUCUUGAUAUAGGUGUUGUCAUUGCCUACGGCGUCAACUCCGCCCAGACCGCGAUGAUGAACUCUGCCGAGUGGAAGAACGACCCCCGUAACCCCAACGCCAAGUCUGGCGGUCACUGA